AGCAGCGCAAACCACGAAUAGGGUGUGUAGUGGCCGAUGGUUUGUCGAAGCUGAUCACGGCUGCUGGCAAAGACAUCAGAGUUUGGGACCUUUCUUCAGCGCCUGCGAUUUGCCUGCGCUCCCCGGAGGAGGACUCGCCAGAGUCCCGAGCGAUGCAAC